UCAAUGUACUACACUGUGACAUAUUAUGAUGAUGUUGACGACCGCUGCUGCUUAUUAUGCCAGUUUUGCACGUAUUCAUUUUAAUAUAUUGGAGCCCGCCAAUAUUUUUAAGUUCUUGUAUAAUGUGAAUGUUUGUGCAUAAUUACAAUUAAUCGCGAAAAUGUCACAGAAAAAGGAUAAAUUGAUCAGUAAUAAAGAUCAAGAAAGACAGCAUCAGGAUGACUUACUGGAAGGAAAUGAAUCACUGGAUGUAUCUGAAAUUCGUGAAGAGGAGGAUCCUUCAGAAGAUGAAGACGGGUUGAGGAUAGGAGAUAUUUAUAUCCCUCCACCCCCGAAACCAGUUUGUUCAAAUGAAACUAUUGGCCCAAGACUAAUUAUCACUCAUAUUGAAAACGAGAACUUCAAAAGUUACGCCGGCAAGCAGGUCCUUGGGCCUUUCCAUAAGUGUUUUACAUCAAUUGUUGGCCCAAAUGGCAGUGGGAAGAGCAAUGUCAUAGAUUCUAUGCUGUUUGUGUUUGGUUACCGAGCCAGCAAGAUCCGUUCAAAGAAGAUAUCUGUCCUGCUUCACAAUUCUGCACAACAUCAGAAUGUUCAAAGUUGCACUGUUGCAGUACACUUUCAGCAAAUCAUAGACAUACCUGGUUCAGAUGACUUUGAGUUCGUCCCAAACUCGAAGUUGGUUAUUGCUCGAACAGCUUUCAAGGACAACACAUCAUUGUACACUGUGAAUGGAUGCCGUGUGCAGUUCAAAGAAGUGGCAAAGCUACUUCGUAGUCAUGGCAUUGACUUGGAUCACAACCGGUUUCUGAUCCUGCAGGGUGAGGUGGAACAGAUAGCCAUGAUGAAGCCUAAGGCACCCAGUGAACAUGAGUCAGGCAUGCUGGAGUUUCUGGAGGAUAUAAUUGGCACUACAAGAUACAAGGAGCCUUUGGAGAAGAUAGUUUCACUGGUUGAGCAGUUGAAUGAAGAACGGAGUGAGAAGUUAAAUCGUGUGAAGAUUGUUGAGAAGGAGAAGGAAGCUUUGGAAGGACCAAUGAAAGAAGCAGUGGCAUAUGUGAAGGUUGAGAACGAGAUGGCCAAGACAAAGAAUGUUGUCUGCCAGAAAUACAUAUAUGAAAAUGAGCUUUGCGCUGAAGAGUUGGAGAAGAAGAAAAAAGCAAUUGAUGAUAGUACCAUUGAGCUGAGAAAACAGAUGAAGGAGGCUGUUGAUUCCAGGGAAGGGAAGAGCAAAGCUAUCAAGCAGUGUACUAAGGUUUUGGAGGAACUGAUGAAUAAGAAAGAUACAUUAACAGAGCAGUUUAAUAAGAUGAACCAGCAUCAUGUGGCAAUCAAAGCAAAUAUGUCACAAACCAAUAAGAAGAGAAAGAAUAUGAAGGAACUUCUUGUUGAUGAGAAAAGAAAAUUGAAUGAACUGGAGCUUGUGCCAGCAAAGAAUGAGCGUGAUAUUGCAGAGCUGACUGUUCGGGAAGAGAAACUCAGUAAGGAUCUGGAUAAAGAGAAAGCAGACAUGGAAAAAGCAAUGGCAGGGCUGAGAGCUGAAACACAGGAGCUGCAAGACAGUAAGGAGAAACUUCAGACCCAGCUCAUUGCACUUAAGAAGACAGUAGAUGAAACAAAGUCUGCUUAUGAUGUUGCCAAAGCAGAGUUGGAUCUGUAUAUGAGUACUGAGCAGAAAGAACGUACAAAACUGGAGCAAAUAAGAAGUAAUUAUGAGACUGCUUCAAAAACUGUGAAAGGAAGAAAGAAUGAAAUAGAAGAACUGACAACUGGAAUACCAGACACAGAAAAGAAGUUACAAGAGAUUCAGUUGGAACUGGCCCAAGUACAAAAAGAUGAAGCAUUAGUGUCAGCAGAACUGCGAUGUCAUAGGGCUCAGGUGGAAGAAACAAGGUCCUCAAUGCAGGCAAAUCGGUCACGUGGCCGUGUGCUCGACUCAUUGAUGGAACAGAAACGGCAAGGACACUUGCCUGGGAUAUUUGGAAGACUGGGAGAUUUAGGAGCUAUUGAUCAGAAGUAUGAUGUGGCUGUGUCCACUGCAUGUGGCCCACUGGACAACAUCGUUGUGGAUACUGUGGAUACAGGACAGCGGUGCAUUGAGUUUCUCAAGAGGAAUGACAUUGGACGAGCCACAUUCAUUGCUCUGGAGAAACAGGAACAUUUGCGUCACAAGUGCAUAACACCUAUCAGCUGUCCUGAGGGAGUGCCACGGUUGUUUGACCUGAUCAGGGUGGAAGAUGAAUGUGUACGGCCAGCAUUCUAUUACGCUUUAAGAGAUACCCUGGUAGCAAAUGAUCUGGACCAAGCUACAAGGAUAGCAUAUGGACGACAGAGGUUCCGAGUGGUAACAUUGGAUGGUCAACUGAUUGAACUUGCUGGAACUAUGAGUGGUGGUGGCAAGACAGUUUUGCGGGGUCGCAUGGGACAGUCUGUGGCAGUUACAGCUUCUGUUGGAACUCCCAGAAAGCUAGAUCAAAUGGAACAGAAACUGCAGCAUUUGGAGUCCCGUGCUAGGCAGCUUUGUACACGGCAGGUCUCAUUGGAAGACCAAGUGACCUUGUUGUCACAGCAAUUGCAGAAAAUGAGAAUGAAUUUGAACAAAUUUAAGAUGGAGAUUCAGUUUUCAGCUGAUCAACUUCCUGUUCUACAAAAUCAGCUGAAGCGGCAGGAGGAGAAAUUAAGAGAAGCUGCCCCUAAUCCAGCGCAUGUUAAGAAACUCACAGACAUUGUUUCUAAGGCUCAGGCAGAGUAUGAUGUUGCCACAGAGAAUGCAGGAGGAGUGGAGUCACAAGUUCAGGGUCUACAUAAGCAGAUCAUGGCUAUCACAGGGGGGCGUAUGAAAGCUGCCCAGAAGAAGGUGGAUGAUGUGUCUAAGAAUGUGGACAAAGUGAGGCAAGAGGUGACUAAGCUGAAAGUUGGCAUCAGAACUUCAGAAAGGAAUGCGAAGAAAUGUGUUGAAAAAAUAGAAAACAUGGAGCAAGAGAUAGAAGAGUGUGAGAAGAAAAUGUUAGGCAUGCAGAAGGAACAAGGAAAAAUUGAGUCAGAAGGACAGGUUAUACUGGACGAACUGAAAACUAUCUCGGACUCAGUGGUGUCAAAGGAAGAAGACAUGGUGAGUCUGAAAGAAGAGCUUGCUGAAAUCCAAAAGGAAGAAAAUAAAUUGAAAGCAGAGAAAUUAGAAGUUGACCAGAAGAUAGAUAACAUUAAUAAGAACAUCCAUGAGAAUAGAACAAAGAUACAUGCUCUCAGAAAACAGUUAAAUUCACUACAUCUUCAGGAAAUCCCUGGGGAAGAGUCAGUGGGGGAGCUCAAACAGCUAACAGAGGAAGAUCUAAAUCAAGUAGACAUCAAAGAAUUGCAGUACAAAGUGAGCUUGCUUGAGGACAGGUUGAGAUCGAGCCAGCCGAACAUGGCAGCCAUCAAAGAAUACAAACAGAAGGAGAAUCUGUACCUCCAGCGAGUAUCUGAACUAGAGCUGAGCACUGAAAGACGUAAUGAGAUGCGGAGGAACUACGACAUGGUGCGCAAGAAUCGCUUCAGUGAGUUUAUGCAUGGGUUUUCAGCUAUUACAUCUAAGCUGAAGGAGAUGUACCAAAUGAUCACACUGGGUGGAGAUGCAGAAUUGGAGCUUGUGGAUUCAUUGGAUCCCUUCAGUGAAGGAAUCAACUUCAGUGUCCGGCCACCUAAGAAGACAUGGAAGAUUAUCUCAAAUCUCUCUGGUGGUGAGAAGACGUUGUCUUCUCUCGCCCUCGUGUUUGCUCUCCACUAUUACAAACCAACACCUCUGUAUGUGAUGGACGAGAUUGACGCUGCCCUUGACUUUAAAAAUGUUUCUAUUGUGGGACAUUACAUCAAGGAAAGAACGAAGAAUGCUCAGUUCAUAAUCAUCUCUCUUCGUUCAAAUAUGUUUGAGUUGGCUGACCGACUGGUGGGCAUUUUUAAAACAUACAAUUGUACGCAUUCCAUAACCUUGAACCCGAUGUUGUACGGUAUGCCUGGUGACCAGGCUUGCCAACAGAUACAGAGACAGCCUUCUUCACAGGCGUCCAGUCAGGCACCUCAGACUCCUGCCGUAAGUGAUCUCGUUUCACCAGACAAAGAUCGCCGGAGAAAGAUACGAAGCAGAGAUAGCCAGUUCACUCAUAACACUGAAGUCAGUCGUACAUCACAUGUUUCUCAAGAGGAUAUAUCUGUUGCAGUCGGCGUCGCUACGGCUGAAUCGGACUCUCUAGAUGUCAGUAUGAGACUGGAAAAAUAACUGCAGUAGAAACAUUUAGGAAACCUCUGUUUUUAUAUGUUGUUUCAUUUUUUAUAUGGAAAUGAAGUUGGAAUAAUUCUGGAAAGAAUUUUUGUACCAUCAUUUUUUCUUCUGAAAUUAAAUUGUGUCGUAUCACAGGC